UUAUAAGUAAAUCAAAAACUUUAUUAAGGUCGACAACACUCGAAUCCCAUAAUGACCGAAGAAAAGGAGUUAAUAAAAAAGCGAGGCAGUUUUAAAGGCCGUUUAACUGCAUUUAUUAAUUAUUUGCAUACACUAACUGAUGAACCGUUAAGUCUCUCGGAUGCCAGAGAAUUACAAUUACGUAUGGGUAAAAUUGAGUCGUUGUAUGAACAGUAUGAUCAGGUACAGUUGCGCCUUGAAUGUAUAGUUGAUAAUAGUGAAGAGCAAUUUAAAGAGCGCUCCGACUUUGAAUCACAAUAUUUCAAGGCAAUCGCGAAAGCCCAAGGUUUACAAAAUGUUAAUGUUGAGACUAUGAGCAAUAUGGGUAGUGAUGGAGGUACUCGAGCGAGCAAUAAUCAUAAGCUGGUGCGUCUUCCGACCAUCCAGCUACCGCGAUUCAGUGGUUCAUACGAUGAUUAUUUGGAAUUUAGAGACACCUUUACUAGCCUUAUACACAACAAUGAUGAAAUAGACGAAGUGAAUAAAUUUCACUAUUUGCGUGCAUCGUUAGAGGGUUCUGCUGCCGUGGUAAUUCAAUCAGUUGAGUUUUCAUCUAGUAAUUAUGCUGUUGCGUGGAAACUUUUGUGCGAUAGAUUUGAUAACAAACGUCUGUUGAUACAAAAUCAUGUGUCUUCUUUGUUCAAUGUGGAAGCAAUAACAAAGGAGUCAUCAGCAAAUUUAAAGCGGUUAAUUGAUCAGGUAAAUAAAAACUUGCGGGCACUUGAAUCAUUAGGUCAUUUUGCUAAUCUAUGCAAAAGGCCAGGUUGCAAAAUAUGCAAGCGUCGACACAACACUCUGAUUCAUGCAGCCAAUGAUCAUCAUAUUCGUAAUGAAAAUAGAGUCGUAUCCGAAACUACACAUUUAGCGUCGUCUUCAACGACUGCUGCUUCUGACAAUGUAACUUUAGCAGCAAAUAUGUCUAGUUAUAAUAAAAUUCAAUGUGAUGUAUUAUUAUCUACUGCGUUGGUAAAAUUAUAUGACAAGAAUAAUCACGAACAUAUAGUACGUGCAAUAUUAGACAGUGGUAGUACAUCAAGUCUAAUGACUGAGAGAUUGUGUCGACAAUUAAAUUUGGAAACCUGUCAGGUAGAUAAGUCAAUCAUGGGUGUAAAUAACGCAACUUUACGCGUAGGCAAAACUUGUCAUGUGCACAUGACGUCGUUGAAUAACAGUUUCUCUUCUGAGCUUCAAUGUUAUGUUUUGCCAUCAAUCACAAGUAAUGUACCCGGUCACGAAAUUAAUAUUUCUAAUAUUGACAUCCCUACUGACAUUAGUUUGGCGGAUCCUACGUUCUUUGUACCAGCAGAUGUUGAUAUCUUGAUUGGUGCCGAUCUCUUUUGGGAUUUGGUAGGGACGCGGAGAAUAAUAUUAGGUAAGAAAAAGCCUGUAUUGUGCGAAACCAGAUUAGGGUGGAUAAUUUCAGGUCCUAUCUUUAGUCAUCAUGACACAAUUAUGCAUUUAAAUGAUAUAAAAUGUAAUUUUAAUAAAAUUGAUUCUAGUGCAAGUCAUGAUUUGGACGACAUUCGAGCUGACUUGACACGAUUCUGGCAGCUGGAAGAGAUAUGCUCCAAAUCAAAUUAUUUUCCGGAAGAAAGAAUGUGUGAGGAACAUUUUGUUGCGAACACAACGCGCCUCGAUGACGGUCGUUUCUGCGUCCGUAUACCGCUUAAACAUGAUUCUUCUGUUUUAGGUAAUUCGUUUCAUCGAGCGGAACACUGUUUAUUUUCUUUAGAGCGUAGGUUGACGAGCAAUCUUGAAUUGAGAGAUAUGUAUAGCAACUUCAUGACAGAGUAUAAAUCGCUUGGCCAUAUGUCAGAAUAUAAACAGCCUGAGGUAGAUGAAAAGGAAUAUUUCAUUCCUCAUCACGGUGUUAUGCGAGAUAGUAGCACGAGCACCAAACUCCGUGUUGUAUUUAAUGCCAGUUCUCCUACGACCUCAGGUGUUUCUUACAAUGACAUCCAAAUGAUUGGUCCCACCGUCCAAGAUGAUUUGAUAUCCAUAUUGCUUCGAUUUAGGCAGCAUAAAUAUGUUUUGUCUGCAGAUGUUGAAAAAAUGUACAGACAAAUAAUUGUCCACCCGUCUGAUAGACAUCUGCAGCAAAUACUGUGGCGUAGUAAUGUAGCUGAGCCAAUUACAAAAUUCAUAUUGAACACGGUCACAUAUGGAACAUCCAGUGCUCCAUUUCUGGCUACACGCUGUCUAAAGCAGUUAGGAAUCGACUGCAAGGAUGAUAAAAUUUCCGAGAUCAUUCAACAUGAUUUUUACGUUGAUGAUCUAUUAACGGGCGGUAACGAUUUGGCUGAAGUUCAAGUUAUACGUAAGCAAGUUACUAAUGUACUUGCUUCUGCAUGUAUGCCAUUAAGAAAAUGGAAAUCGAAUAAUCCUAUGAUUGAUCCUCAGGACGUUCAAGCAUCAUCAUUCGAUUUGAAUAUUGGGAGUGAUGAGCCAAAUAAGUUAUUAGGUCUUAGUUGGCACACAGAUUCUGAUGAACUCUGUUUCCCAAUAAGUUCUCUAGUUCCUAAUGGUAAUACAAAACGUGAUAUUCUUUCGAUGAUUGCUCGAAUUUUUGACCCAUUGGGACUUUUGGCUCCAUGCAUAAUUAAUAUGAAAAUAUUGUUACAGCAGCUUUGGAUUAAAAAAUUAGCUUGGGACGAACCAUUAACUGAUGAUAUUAAUCGUCAUUGGAAUUACAUUCGUAAAACUUUGCCUCUUUUGAACGAUCUUCGUGUACCGAGGAUUGUUAUUUGCGACUCCUGUAAGUCGUCAGAGUUGCAUGUUUUUUCGGACGCUUCAGAGCGUGCAUAUGGAGCUUGCAUUUAUUUGCGUAGCGUCAGUACUUCUGGUGAAGUUAUGGUUCGGUUGUUAAUGGCUAAGAGCCGAGUAUCCUAUUAA